AACGUCUGUCUGAUAUUAAAAUAGAAGGUACAGAGGUAGAAGAAGAGACAUAUGUGACUGAUAUGAAGGCAGAAGAUAUAGAGGGAGAAGAAGAGACGUAUGUGACUGAUAUAAAGGCAGAAGAUAUAGAGGGAGAAGAAGAGACGUAUGUGACUGAUAUAAAGGCAGAAGAUAUAGAGGGAGAAGAAGAGACGUAUGUGACUGAUAUAAAGGCAGAAGAUAUAGAUGGAGAAGAAGAGACGUAUGUGACUGAUAUAAAGGCAGAAGAUAUAGAGGGAGAAGAAGAGAUGUAUGUGACUGAUAUAAAGGCAGAAGAUACAGAGGGAGAAGAAGAGACGUAUGUGAGGGGUGAUCAGCAGUGUAAGGAGGAGGAGAUUCCUACAGAUAUCAGCACAGGUGAUGGACACACAAGCAGAAAUAUCUCAGAAGGACAUCUAAUGGUAUCCCAGGAUUCUGAAUUAACAGAUAAUGACAGUAGACAGGAUUCUCCAGGAGAUAACCCCAUUACCCCAAUUAUACAUCCAGCUCUAUCAGCUGAUCCACCUGAUCCUGGGAAAUGUUCUCCUGAUCACUCUGAUAUUGGUGCAUCUGUUACAGUUCUGAGAGUAGAUACAGUGUUUCCAUGUUCUGUAGAUGCCAAAUGUUUUACACAGAACACAAAGCUUAUCACCCAUCAGCCAGCUAAGGCAGGUGAGAGGCCACUGAUAUGUUCUGAGUGUGGGAAAUGUUUAGCAUUUAAAUCAGUUCUUGUUAAACAUCAGAGAAGUCACACAGGUGAGAAGCCGUUUUCCUGUUCUGAGUGUGGGAAAUGUUUUACACAGAAAUCAUCUCUUGUUACACAUCAGAGAAGUCACACAGGUGAGAAGCCAUUUUCCUGUUCUGAGUGUGGGAAAUGUUUUCCACGGAAAUCAGCUCUUGUUGCACAUCAGAGAAGUCACUCAGGUGAGAAGCCAUUUUCCUGUUCUGAGUGUGGGAAAUGUUUCGCAUUUAAAUCAGUUCUUGUUACACAUCAGAGAAGUCACUCAGGUGAGAAGCCGUUUUCCUGUUCUGAGUGUGGGAAAUGGUUCGCAUUUAAAUCAGUUCUUGUUACACAUCAGAGAAGUCACAUAGGUGAGAAGCCGUUUUCCUGUUCUGAGUGUGGGAAAUGUUUUGCACAGAAAUCAGCUCUUGUUACACAUCAGAGAAGUCACACAGGUGAGAAGCCGUUUUCCUGUUCUGAGUGUGGGAAAUGUUUUGCAUUCAAAUCACAUUUUGUUAUUCAUCAGCAUACUCACACAGGUGAGAAGCCGUAUUCCUGUUCUGAGUGUAGGAAAUGUUUUGCACGGAAAUCAGAUCUUGUUAAACAUCAGAGAAGUCACACAGGUGAGAAGCCGUUUUCCUGUUCUGAGUGUGGGAAAUGUUUUACACAGAAAUCAGCUCUUGUUACACAUCAGAGUAGUCACACAGGUGAGAAGCCAUUUUCCUGUUCUGAGUGUAGGAAAUGUUUUCCACGGAAAUCAGAUCUUGUUGCACAUCAGAGAAGUCACACAGGUGAGAGGCCAUUUCCAUGUUAUGAGUGUGGGAAAUGUUUUACACAUAAAUCAGCUCUUGUUAGACAUCAGAGAAGUCACACAGGUGAGAAGCCGUACUCCUGUUCUGAGUGUGGGAAAUGUUUUGCAUGGAAAUCAGCUCUUGUUACACAUCAGAGAAGUCACACAGGUGAGAAGCCGUUUUCCUGUUCUGAGUGUGGGAAAUGUUUUGCAUGCAACUCAAAUCUUGCUACACAUCAGAGAAGUCACACAGGUGAGAAGCCGUUUUCCUGUUCUGAGUGUGGGAAAUGUUUUGCAUUCAAAUCACAUUUUGUUAUUCAUCAACAUACUCACACAGGUGAGAAGCCGUAUUCCUGUUCUGAGUGUAGGAAAUGUUUUGCACGGAAAUCAGAUCUUGUUAAACAUCAGAGAAGUCACACAGGUGAGAAGCCGUUUUCCUGUUCUGAGUGUGGGAAAUGUUUUUCACAGAAAUCAGCUCUUGUUACACAUCAAAUAAGUCACACAGGUGAGAGGCCAUUUCCAUGUUAUGAGUGUGGGAAAUGUUUUUCACAUAAAUCAGCUCUUGUUAGACAUCAGAUAAGUCACACAGGUGAGAAGCCGUACUCCUGUUCUGAGUGCGGGAAAUGUUUUGCAUGGAAAUCAGUUCUUGUUUAUCACCAGCGCUUUCACAGGUGAGAAUGCAUUUUCAUGCUGUGAGAGAAAUAAAUCCGCUCUUGUUGAACAUAUUAGACAUUACCCAAAUACGGAACCAUUUACAUCUUCUGGAGUAUAAUUAUCACUGUCAUGCAAUGUUCCUCAAGGGUCAACCUUAUCUCCUAUGCUUUAUGCAAUAUAAAUGCUACCACUGGGUGAUAUAAUCAGACGUCUUGGCCUGGUCUACCACUGCUAUGCAGAUGACCUGCUUUUUGCUCCAUGUACUGAGAACCUAAUACCAAUCCUAAAUGGUUGUCUAGCUGAGCGCCAGGGGUGGAUGAUGCCAGUUGGCUGUGACUCAGUCUUUGUGAAACCUAAUAGAAGCUCCCCAACAAAGGACAAGACUACAGCGUUACCAACCAUCUGGAUUUAUGCUUUGGUGUUCAGAAUUGCAAAAUACUGAAUAUGUGAUGAAUCUUUGUGUUGUCCUGGUAUGUGGCUGACACAGACAUCAGGUAUCUGCCACAUACAAAUCUUAAUUCUUCCAUCUGUGGACCAUAGCCAGAAUCAAGCACUUGAUUCCCUCAGAAGUUCAUAGACUACUGCAAUGCCAUCUACCUGGGUCACCCAGAAAAGAGUUACAGAGCUUGCAGCUAGUACAGAAUGCAGCAGCCAAGCUGUUACCUAACCCGUUCCUGCCGCAUAACACCCAUUCUCUACUCCCUUCACCGGAUGCCUGUAAGAUGACAAAUCUAUUUCAUUAUUGGCUAACUGACCUUCCCAGACCAACAUUACAUGGUCCAAGGUACUAGAAGCAGCUUCUGCCUCCUUACUGUCCUGCUUGCUUGCUUCUACAGAUGAAAGACUGUUACCAGCAGUACCAAGAAUCUCCUGUCAUUCAUUUAAGGGUUGAACUUUUAGCUUUGCAGCCUUGACCAUGGAACUCACUGCCUUGCACAGUCCAAGAGGCCUCCACUCUAGAGACCUUCACAAGCAGACUGAUGACUGUUACUCACGCUUUUCAUUAAUGUACCUCUAUUUCUCAUACGUCCUAGAGGAUGCUGGGGAUUCCAAAAGGACCA